AUGACUAUUCACAAUAAGUAUCCUCUACCCAGCAUUGACGAUUUGUUUGAUCAACUUCGAGGUGCCUUAGUAUUUUCAAAGAUUGAUUUACAGUCGAGGUAUAAUCAGCUCAGAAUUAGAGAUGUUGAUGUACCAAAGACUACUUUUGAAUCUCGAUAUGGUCAUUAUGAAUUUUUGACUUUGCGAGAUAAGCAGUUGUAUGCUAAAUUUAGCAAAUGUGAAUUUCAGUUGGAUAAAGUUGUAUUUCUAAGUCAUGUUAUCUCAGCAGAAGGUAUUUACGCAGACCCUCAGAAGAUUAAGACAGUAAUGAGAUGGGAACGCCUUGCUAAUAUUACAGAAGUACUGAGUUUGCUUGAGCUAGCAUGUUAUUAUCGUCAGUUUGUAGAGAAUUUCUCCAAAAUUGCUCUUUCUUUGAGUAAUUUGACCCGAAAGAACUCCAAAUUUAUGUGGACUGAAGAUUGUGAAAAGAGUUUUCAGGAGUUGAAGAAAAGAUUAGCUUCUGCUCUUAUACUUACUCUUCCAUUUUCAGGUAAAGAGUUUAGAAGAUGGUUGGAGUUGAUAAAGGAUUAUGAUUAUAAGAAUGACUACCAUCCAGGGAAAGCUAAUGUAGUUGCAGAUGCUCUUAGUAGAAAGGCUAGUCCUUCCUCUCCAUCUAGUGCAGUAUAUGCUUCUUUGAUUUGUGAAUUCAAGAAAUUGCAAGCUCAAUUGUCAGCUACUACUUCAGGUGCAGUAUUAGCUCAUUUCCAGGUGAGGCCUACUUUAAUUGAUAAGGUUAUAGAAUCUCAAAUCGAAGACCCAACAUUAAAAUCUUUGAAAGUAGAAGUUAGUGCCGGGUUAAGAACAGAUUUUGUUAUUAGAAAUGAUGGUGCAUUGGUGAUAAGUAAUAGAUUAUGUGUUCCAGAUAUUUCAGAAUUGAAGAAGGAAAUUUUAGAAGAGGCACAUAGUUCUGCUUAUGCUAUGCAUCCAGGUAGUAUUAAAAUGUAUCACACUUUGAAAAGUCAUUAUUGGUGGAAUGGCAUGAAGAGAGAGAUAACAGGUUUUGUAUCUAAAUGUCCUAUAUGUCAGCAGGUAAAGCCAGUUCAUCAGAAAACAGCAGAACUUUUACAGCCAUUGCCUAUUCUAGAAUGGAAAUGA